AGGCCACGACCUCGGGCACCCUGGGUUGAACAACGCGUUCCUCGUCGAGACCUCCCACGAGCUCGCGCUGAGAUACAACGACGCAUCCCCGCUGGAGAGCAUGCACAGCGCGAGGCUCUUCGAACUGCUGGGCGAUCCGCGGUGCGACAUCUUCAGCUUGCUCUCGAGGCAGCAGUGCCUGGAGCUGCGCCAGCUGAUCAUCCCCACGAUCUUGCACACCGACAACACCAAGCACUUCGAGAUGGUCAAGGAGGUCCAGACGAUGUACGAGCUGAACUCCGAGGCGCUGGACGCCGGCAAGGAGGUCUACGCGGCGAGCAGGGCCGACUGGCCGCCGCCGGGGUGCGUCGAGUGCCUCCGCGCGCCAGAGUCGCGCAAGCUCCUGCUGAAGCUGUGUCUCCACAUGGCCGACAUCUCGAACCCCAUGAAGCCCUUUCGGGUGUGCCGGAUCUGGGCCUCGCAGGUGUUCGAGGAGUUCUUCCAGCAGGGCGACAUGGAGCAGAAGUUGGGCGUGCCAGUGCAGGCGAUGAACGACCGCGGGAAAGUGAACCGCGCCUUUUCGCAGGUCGGCUUCAUCGAGCUCAUGGUCUCGCCCCUGGUCUUCGGGGCGCUCGAGAUCCUGCCGCCGCUGGAGGCCAACGCCGAGAUGCUCGUGCAGAACGCCAGGGCGUGGUACGAGGUCUGGCUGAAGGACACCAAGCCGGCACCGAGCGAGGACGAGAAGGAUGCCCUCGCCAAGCGCAUACAGGCGAUGGAACGCAGGUACCUCGAGGUACUCGAGACCGUCGAGGAGGAGUAGUGCGCACGCACCCGAGGCCGAGCCCGCCCGCAGGCCGAGCGCAAUGCUGCCGGCCGCCGGCGUCUCGGCGCCCUUGCUGCACUCGCGCGGCCUCUGCCCUUCGUCGUCGUCGCCCCCGUCGUCGUCGUCGCGGUCGUCGUCGUCUCAUCUUCGUCGGCGUCGUCGCCGUCGCCGCUGUCGUGGUCGCUGUCCCCAGCCAUCCGCGGGCCCGCCGCGGCACGUCAAGCGGGCGCCUGGGCCGCGCGGCAGGUGGCAGAAAAGACAGGUGCUUCCUCCUCCGCCUCCUCCUCCUCUCCGCC